ACAUUACGGUAAAUAAAUAAUCAAGCAGAGUGGGAAACUAUCAAAGUACAUACGCCUCCUAUCCGUAGCGCGGUGCGUCCAGUUUAGUGUAUUAAACCACAUUCCAGUGCUUACAAUGCCCAACUGUCCCAAGUGCGAUAAAGCGGUAUAUUUUGCUGAGCGCAAAACGUCGCUGGGAAAAGAUUGGCACGCCGGUUGUUUACGUUGUGAAAAAUGUAACAAAACUUUAACCCCCGGCUCACACGCCGAACACGAAGGAAAACCUUACUGCAACCAGCCCUGCUAUUCCGCCCUGUUCGGACCUGGAGGUUUCGGGCGAGGUGGCGCUGAAAGUUACGUGUACAAGAAGUAACAUUAUGCACAUUUUUUUGUUUGUAAUCACAUUCCAUAUUUUUAUAAAGUGAAUUAAAUGUAUAAGAUAUAAGCAAA